CACUCCCGGGAGGCUUCUCCAGAGCGCCGGCUGGGUCCAACGCGCACGGGGAGCCCGGAGCACCCCGCAAGCUGAGUGCAGGACGCAUCCCCAGCACAGCCACCCCCCGGCCGCUGAAUGAGGCUUCCCGGCGUCCGCUCGCUGCCCGCAGCGCCGCGCCGGAGGUCCGCCCGCUGAGGCGCGGCCGGUGCGCCGGCAGCCUGUGCGCUCACCUGCCAGCCUGCGCGCCAUGGGGCAGCCCGGGAACCGCAGCGUCUUCUUGCUGGCGCCCAACGGCAGCAACGCGCCGGACCAAGAUGGCCCGGAGGAACGUAACGAGGCGUGGGUGGUGGGCAUGGGCAUCGUCAUGUCGCUCAUCGUCCUGGCCAUCGUGUUUGGAAACGUGCUGGUCAUCACAGCCAUCGCCAAGUUCGAGCGUCUGCAGACGGUCACCAACUACUUCAUCACCUCCCUGGCCUGUGCUGACCUUGUCAUGGGCCUGGCGGUGGUGCCCUUUGGGGCCAGCCACAUCCUCAUGAAAAUGUGGACCUUUGGCAACUUCUGGUGUGAGUUUUGGACUUCCAUUGACGUGCUGUGCGUCACGGCCAGCAUCGAGACCCUGUGCGUGAUCGCAGUGGAUCGCUACUUUGCUAUCACAUCACCCUUCAAGUACCAGAGCCUGCUGACCAAGAAUAAGGCCCGGGUGGUCAUCUUGAUGGUGUGGAUCGUGUCGGGCCUUACCUCCUUCUUACCCAUCCAGAUGCACUGGUACCGGGCCACCCACCAGGAAGCCAUCAACUGCUAUGCCAAGGAGACAUGCUGUGACUUCUUCACGAACCAAGCUUAUGCCAUUGCCUCCUCCAUCGUGUCCUUCUACUUACCCCUGGUGGUCAUGGUCUUCGUCUACUCCAGGGUCUUCCAGGUGGCCCAAAGGCAGCUCCAAAAGAUCGACAGAUCUGAGGGCCGCUUCCAUGCCCAAAACCUCAGCCAAGUGGAGCAGGAUGGGCGGAGUGGGCACGGACACCGCAGGGCCUCCAAGUUCUGCCUGAAGGAACACAAAGCCCUCAAAACUCUGGGCAUCAUCAUGGGCACUUUCACCCUGUGCUGGCUGCCCUUCUUCAUUGUCAACAUAGUGCACGUGAUCCAGGAUAACCUCAUCCCCAAGGAAGUUUACAUCCUCCUAAACUGGGUGGGCUAUGUCAACUCUGCUUUCAAUCCCCUUAUCUACUGCCGGAGCCCUGACUUCAGGAUUGCCUUCCAGGAGCUUCUGUGCCUGCGCAGGUCUUCACUGAAGGCCUAUGGGAACGGCUACUCCAACAACAGUAACAGCAGGACCGACUACGCUGGGGAGCACAGUGGAUGUCACCUGGGGCAGGAGAAAGACAGCGAACUGCUGUGUGAGGACCCCCCAGGCACGGAAGGCCUUGCGAACCGUCAAGGUACUGUGCGUAACGAUAGCAUUGAUUCACAAGGGAGGAAUUGUAGUACAAACGACUCACUGCUCUAAGGCAGUUUUUCAACUUUUUAUGAAACCCCCUCCCCCAGCACAACACUACACAGACUAUUUAACUUGAGUGUAAUACAUUUAGAAUAAAAUUGUAUAGAGAUGUGCAGAAGGGCAGCCUUCUGCCUUUUUUUUUAUUUUUUUAAGCUGUAAAAAAAGAGAAAGCAUAUUCGAGUGAUUGUUUCUUGUACAGUUGAGUUCCUUUUUUUGCAUGGAACGUGUCUGUUUAUAUCUGAAGGGCUUCAGUCCCAGAGGACCUGGGGCUGCUCUGUUUUGAUGACUUUUCCGUGGAUCUACCUCAUUGGUCAAGUAUUGGGGGUAAUAUAUAUACAUAUAUAUUGCUGCUGGUAAUUUGUAUGUGAAGGAGUCUUUCCUUCCCGUACCCUUGCACUGGAAGAUCUUGAGUAUCUCGGACCUUUCAGCUGUGAACACGGACUCUCCCCGCUCCUCUUAUUUGCUCAAACAGGGUGUUGUAGGCAGGGACUUGAGGGGCAGUUUCAGUUGUGUUCCUGAGCAAAGUCUAAAGUUUACAGUAAAUAAAUUGUUUGACCAUGA